UUUAAAUUUAGUUCUGAUUUUACCGGCAAAGCGAACGGACAUCGCAACGAAUAGACCAAACGAGUAUAGUGAUUUAAUUAAAAAAGAAAACAAAACAACUUCUAUUAUAAAAAUAAAGAAAUUAAUAUAAACAAAAUUAUUCAAAAGUCCGCGGUUUUUCGGACAUAAAAAACACAAAGAAGUGAUAACGCCCAUACAUAUAUCCACAAUGAGUAACCAAGAGCAUAUUGCGGUACAGAUGGAUAAUGAUAACAAUUUUAUAGAAAUACAAAGAAAUCGAUCAAGAUCGAGAGACCGAUCUUCCACCGAAUCUCCUGGCCCACGUAAAAGGACAACAAGAGCAGUUUCUGAAAUUGACGAUAACGAUGAGGAAGUGAAAACUGAACCAACAACACAAAACGGUGGAAUACAUAUAACACCCAGACUAUCAGAUGAAACCGAUGGUCCAAGGACCAUUAUGGUCGAUGGCGUUGAAACUCAAGUACCAGAUUUAAAUGCAUAUCAGCACAAGAAAACCCUGGCUCAGGGCAUGAUGGAUUUAGCUUUACUCUCGGCGAACGCAAAUCAAUUGAGAUAUGUUUUGGAAUCAUACAACCGACAUCCGUUCUUUUAUCCAAGCUUGAUAUUUAUCAGUUUGAGUAUAAUUCUUCAAGUAGCAGUUGGUGUUGGUUUGAUCCUCAACAGUCAAUAUAACGUAAAAGAUGAUCGUGAAAUAUGCAAAGCAAAUCGAAUUAGUAAUAUGACAAUUAUUGGAAUAUUUAUCAUCACAAUUGUUAAUGUUUUUAUAUCUUCAUUUGGUGUGGCAGAUGCUCCCAAUACUAAAUAAUGCAAUUUCUUAAGAAGUUAAAUAGUGUUAAGAAAAUUAUUUGAAAUAAACAAAAUGCAAUUUUUAUAUUUCUAGUCCAAUAAAAGCUUUAAAAAUAUAUACUUA